CAAACAACAUAUACUGUGCUCUUCUAAAUUUAUAAUGGCUCUUGUGGUCUCAAGUUGACAAGGUGUAGUACCAGUAAGCCAGGGUCGGUUUGUAACCUCCAUCACUUCAAACUUCCAGGUCCAAAUCACCUAUCAAUAUGAUCAGUUCAGUAAGAUACAGUGCGCAAAGGUGGGAAAGGCCUAUGGUGUUGCAAUCCAACCAACAUAACUUCUCAUUUAACAUCACAAAGCAUUCAGAAAUUCAUUAAGUACAAAUUGUUAGAAACAGAAAAGUAUGCACCUCCAAACAAGAACAUUAAUCUCUUUAAAGUACGAAUGGAAGUUGGAUCGGUAACCCCUCUUCCACAAGAGGGUAAUCCAAAGCCACGCAUCUUUAGAUUGCGACAAGAAGGUGCUAUCAUCAACUGCUGUGGGUUCAAUAGUGAAGGAAUUGUUGCUGUUGCAAAGCGAUUGGGUACCCAGCAUGGUAAGACGAAGUUGGAGACUUCGAGUUCUUUAUCACCCUCGAGUGAGGAAGCUAAACAUGGGGGCAAAGCUGGUCCUGGAAUUCUAGGAGUCAAUCUUCGAAAGAAUAGGACAAGUGAAGAUGCUACUGCUGACUAUGUACAAGGAGUUCACACAUUAUCCCAGUAUGCUGAUUACUUGUUUAUUAAUGUUUCAUCUCCAAAUACUCCUGGAUUGCGUAUGGUUCAAGGAAGGAAACAGUUGAAGAACCUUGUUAAGAAGGUUCAAGUUGCUCAUAAUGAAAUGCAAUGGGGUGAGGAGGCUCCUCCUCCACUGCUUGUUAAAAUUGCUCCAGACUUGUCUAAAGAAGACCUUGAGGAUAUAGCAGCGGUUGCUGUUGCCCUCUGCUUGGAUGGAUUGAUCAUAUCAAACACAACCAUUUCAAGACCAGAUCCUGUAAAUAAAAAUCCCUCCGCAGAAUCUGGUGGCUUAAGUGGGAAACCUCUCUUUAAUUUGUCUACUAACAUCUUAAAGGAGAUGUGUGUUCUAACACGUGGAAAGAUCCCUUUAAUAGGGUGUGGUGGUAUUAGCAGUGGUGAGGAUGCAUACAAAAAAAUAAUCGUUGGAGCAACCCUCGUUCAGCUUUAUACUGCAUUUGCAUACGGAGGCCCUGCCUUAAUUCCCCAAAUAAAGGCUGAACUUGCUGAGUGCCUAGAAAGGGAUGGUUUCAAAUCUAUUCAUGAGGCUGUUGGUGCUGAUGGCAGAUAGUACCUGCCUUGCACCAAGAACUUCACCACGAAAUACCUGUAUUUUAAUCGUGUACUUGGCUGAUUGCAGAUAGGCUGUUGGUCACUUUUUCUUGGCUCUAUUUUUCUUCUCAUUGUCCAUAAAUUGUAUCCUUCCACCUUUCAUUAGUUUGAGAGGAUUUACAUGUACAAUAUGAGAAAACAAUUUUGAUACAAUGUAGUAGGAAAAAAAAAAGAAUGAAUCUCGUGUUCUUUCAUGGCUUUGGGCAAGGCAUGCGCGAUUCCAAGAAAACUUUGUUAGCAGAAAAAGUGAAUAAUCAAAUGAAAAACAAAAGGACUCUUGAAAUAUUACUAUAUUUUGCAGUUGUUUGGCCCUUGCAAGCAGUCUAAUAUCUAGGGCGGCCGCUUUACAAGCAUUACUUUCAGAUUAGAAUGGGAAGAUGCCCCUGCCCAGUCGCAUUCUUGGAGUCAUCACCAUCCAGGUAUAGCGCAGCUUCAGCAACAUCUUGUUGGAGAACAACCGCUUUCAAAUUAGAAUAAAUACGAAGGUGAUAAGCAGUUGAGUCGAAUCGCAAACCUCCCAAGCUCUGCUGCCGCGUUCUUGGUUAGUCCUAUGAUGGCAUACUUUGAACUUGUGUACGCAUGAGAAGCAACUCCAUCACCAGUGAAAAUAUGCUGCCUUAUCCUGCAGGAAUUUUUACUCGAGCUGCAUGCUAAGUUCCCAAGAAAAAGCCUGUCGACACUAGAACAAACGCUGCGGACUGAAAU